AAGAAGAUAUAACAAUAACACAGUGCGCUUCUAAGGGUUUUAGUAUGUUUACAUAAAUGGGAUAUUGCGCGAAACACGCGAAAAGAAAAUAGAUAAAAUCUUAGUCUUCAGGCCCGGGGUUGCGUCGGUGCAUGCGCCGUGACUUUAGUCGAUAGGCGCACAAGUAACGGCACACAGUUCUCGUAAUCGACAUUGCGUUACGUUGUCUUAACCUCAAAAUAAAAAACAUUCGCACCGCUUUAACAUUUAUUACUUCAACUCGUCGACGUGUUAAUCUUUCUUACAAGUGCAGAGAAAAUUUUAUGGCUCGUCGUAUAGAAGAUAACAUUCGUUUGAAAGAUGGGUCAUGGAUCAAGUCGUUCCGCUUCUUCUGCAAAUAUUUUAUCCGCAGAUGAAUUAACAUUGGUGGACAAUCUUUUUAAAUCAAUGUCUAGGAGUUCAGGUUCUAUAAAACGUGAAGAUAUUUUUAAACACUGGUCGAUGCAUUUGGAUGAUGUACUAUUACAAUUUGUCGUAAGGUUUCUUUGCUACGAGCCUGGCAAAAAAGUAUCAGCUGUAAAUGGAGAAAAUUUUGGUCGCUUAUAUGUUUAUGCAGUACGUGGAAGCGCAGGUGAACGUACUGAUUUGAUAUUUGAAGGAUUUUCCGAAGAAGAGCGAAAAUAUGAAAUACCUACUGCCACAUUUCUCCAAUAUAUUCAAGCUACGAUAAAUUCAUAUUUAAGACUGCAAAAGAAUGCUGUUAAUUUGCAUUAUCUUUCAUGGAGUAGUAUCGGUUGUACUGUGAAUAAUAGACGUAUUAAUAUGCGUUCGCGAAGUCUGUGCGAAGAUAUUAUCAAAUACGGUGAUGUGUUGACGAUUGAUCAAAUAGAAAAUUGGUUCGGUGCAGCUGCUACGUUUAAAAAUAUUCAAUCACACGUAUUUCAGUGCCUUUUCUUAGUUACUCAGAAGAAAGGAGAUAAGAAUACGAGUGCACGAAUUAAUGACUUAAACCUAUUACCUGUUUGUAAAGGUCUGGAAAAUAUUCCUCAUUUUCCAAGUAUUCUGGGGCUUGGCGACGUUUUGUUCCUAAAUUUAAGUUUACCUCACGAACUCAGAAAAGAAUGGAGAUUCUUAUUUUCCAGUCAAGUACACGGAGAAUCAUUUUCCACUAUGUUAGGAAGAAUAACUAUGCAAGGUGCAACAAUUAUUAUAUUACAAGAUACAGAUGAUCAUGUAUUUGGUGGAUUUGCUCCAGAUAGUUGGAGAAUAGGACCAAAUUUUAUAGGAAAUCAGACGUGCUUUUUAUUAAAACUCGAGCCAGAUAUUUUAACGUUUCCUUCUACAGGUUACAAUAAUCAUUAUCAAUAUUUGAAUAUUAAUCAACAAACUAUGCCUAAUGGUUUGCUUAUGGGUGGACAAUUAAAUUAUCCAGGCUUAUGGAUAGAUUGUGAGUAUGGGACUGGUAUAUCAAGUAUAUCCUGCACAACAUUUCAAAAUUAUGUGCAAUUAAGUGGUCAAGAAAAUUUUAAAAUCAAACAUUGUGAAGUAUGGGGUGUUGGUCCAAUACCAAUCGUAGAAGAAGACGUACGAGAAAAUAAAUCUGUUUUAGAUCAAGAUGCUACAGCUAAAGUAUUGAUGGAACUUCAUGGACGUAAAAUGUAUAGCGAAGGAAUUAGAGAUAAAAAAGACUAAUUAAACUUUAAUAUUUAAUGAUUAUUGUAUAAGACUCAUGUUAUAUUAUUAAGUAUAUUAUAUGGUUGUCAUUGAAAUUGUUAAUUGAAAUGGAGAUUUAUUGAAAAUUAAGAGCAAUUGAGAUUAUAUAUAUAAUAUAUAUAAUGAAGGAGAUAAUUUUAUGGGUGCUUAAAAGCAAAAUAUAAGAACUAAUAAUAAAGUGAAUAUUUAGUUUUAUAUUUUACCGAUGAACAACUAUAGUAGCAAAUUAAUUUGAGAGUGCAAUAAAAACGAUCUAUGUUCCGAACCGAGAAAUAUUUACUAAUUGGAAUGCAUACGUAUGUUAAUGAAUCAGAUAUUCUUGCUUGUGAUAUCACUUUAUGGAAAAUUUUGUUAUCAACUAAAUUAUAUUGAGAAACGAUCGUUUUUGUCUAUCAUGUCUGUAUUAUAUAUUGUCCAUGUAUAAUGUUUAAGUGAUAUAGUAGUUACUCAUUAUAUAUGUUACUAUGUCAAAUGAGUUUGUACAUUUCUUUAUUGUGUACCUAUUUUAUCGAGUGUAUGACAAAGUAUCGUUACCAGACGGCCUGAUCUCUUUUAAUAUAUAUAUAUAUAUAUCAUCUGAAUGUUGUAUAAUAUGUAUAUUAAACACUGCGUUUUGAUGUUGAGAAAGCCAUAAAAUACGCAGUAAUUUACAUGCCUAUUAUAUAGUGCCUGAUCAUUUGAAAUCAAUGAUCAUGAAGGUGUGUUUCGUAACUACUAGUCAAUGUAAAGAUUUCCUCGCAAAUUGCUAAUCACAGAUGUAUAAUAUGUAUACAAUGCGUGUUAAAAAUGCAUAACACGAAAAAAAAGAACAAUUGUUCAUUCAUAUCUAAAGAAAAAAAAAAGAAAAACAAAGAAAUUUAUCACAUUGUUAUCGAACGUGAUGUGAAUUCAAUAAAAUACUGAAAAAAAGUGUAAAAACUUUUGUUCCAAUCGUUUAGUACAUUUCUUGUGCAUGUUAUGUAAAUAAGAAUUGAAAGAAUAAAAAGAAAAUUAAUGAAUUAGAAUGAGA